AUGGCGCGCGGCCGGCGCAGCGACAGCCGGCGGCUCGAGCGCGCCCGGGACAGCCGCUGCGGCUACAAGCAGCGGGCGACCUCUGGCCGGCGGCGCGGCGGCAGCGGCGACCGUAGCCGCUCGGGACGGAACGGCGCCCCCCACUUCGGCAACCACGACGGCAGGCACCAGCCCGCCGAUGCUGGCCGGCGGGGGCAGCGCGAGGAGCGCAGCGCCAGCUUCCGAGGAGCGGCGCGCGGUGGCCGCCGCGCCCCCGGGGGCGGCGAGGGCGGGCGCCGCGAGGAGGACGCGCGGCGCCGCGGCGGCGGCGGCUCGAGGUCGAGGUCCGCGCGGGUGUCCGACGAGUCCGAGUCGUCCGAGAGCGGCAGCGAUGACGACGAGAUCGUCCACUUCAGCUGGAAGGAGGGUAUGGUGCUGAACCAUAGAUAUCAACUCACGGCCUUGCUCGGUGACGGCACCUUCGGGCGCGUGGUUCUCGCGCGGGACCGGCACGACGGCGGGCGAGAGGUGGCCGUGAAGAUCAUCCGCGACGUGAAGCGGUACAUGGAGAACGCCAAGAUCGAGGCCGACAUCCUCGCCGACAUCCGCAAGGCCGACCCCGCAGGGAAAUCUGGGUGCUCGAUCAUGUACGAAACGUUCGUCCACGAGCAGAGGUUCUUCUGCUUGGUGCUCGAGCCGCUCGGCACCUCGCUGUACGACUUUCUCAAGGCGAACAACUUCAAAGGCUUCUGGAUGCAGGACAUCCAGAGCAUCGCCGAGCAAGCCAUGCAAGCCCUGGCGUUCCUGCACGGACCGCG